AUGGCGUCACUGAAGCUUCUCCUCUCUCAAGCUCGCCGCCACUGCUUCACCAAUCACCCUUCCCAUUUCCACUCUCCCCUUUCUCAUUCCUUCUUCUCUCACAACAGAUCAUUUUCUUCAUCUGAAUCAAACCCUUCAACCACACCUUUCGAACCCAUUCCAAUCCAACCCGUUUCCUACCCCGUUAAACCCCAAGACCCACCUUCACCGGAGCCUCAACUCUCCUCCGACGCCCCAUCCCUCAGUCAACUUCCCCCACCUCCUCCUAAAUCAGCGGACGGUCCCGAACCACCACGAGCAUGGACGCGCGAAGAUAUUCGGUACGUGAAGGACGCCCCGUCGAUUACGCCGGUGUCUUACCCUGUUCGGGUAGCUCCACUGCCGGACGAUAAGGGUCCGGCUGAGAAUGAUGAAAUGGAGAACGAGAGGAAGAGAAUUGAGGCGGAGGAUCAUCUGAGGAAGAAGAUGCUUAAAGCUACAGAAGAUGAAAAGUUGAAGGUGCCUUUUCCUUUGUUGAUAAAGCCCAAGCAGAAGGAGAAACCACCUCUCUUUGAUUUGUCCGAAGCCAUUCGCCAAGUUAAGGCCAAUGCCAAGGCAAAGUUUGACGAAACUGUUGAAGCACAUAUAAGAUUGGGCAUCGAUUCCAAGCGAACAGAACUGGCAGUUCGUGGUACUGUGAUCCUGCCUCAUGGUGCUCCUAAGGCCGUCAGUGUGGCUGUUUUUGCAGAAGGGGCAGAGGCAGAAGAAGCCAAAGCUGCAGGAGCUGAUAUAGUUGGUGGUAAAGAGCUUAUUGAGGAGAUUGCAAGUGGUAGUAAUAAGCUCAAAGUUGACAAGUGCUUCUCAACCCCUGGAAUGGCACCUCAUCUUGGAAAGAUAGCACAAUAUCUCAGAAAGCGCAGACUGAUGCCGGACAAGAAACUAGGUACUCUCACUAGUGAUAUUGCUGGGCAGUUAAAAGAGCUAAGACAAGGUCGUAUUGAGUUUAAAAUGGAAAGUAAAUCAAUUUUGCAUGCGGGAGUUGGAAAGGUAAGCUACAAAGAAGAGUCUUUACGGGAGAAUAUUGGUGCAUUUAUGAAUGCUGUAUUGCAAGCAAAGCCUGCUGGCUUAAAGAAGACUUCCAAAUAUGCUGGGUAUGUGCUGUCAGUCCAUAUAUGCAGCACGAUUGGCCCAGGGAUACCUGUAUCAAUUCAAUCAUUAUCCAAAGCAGCAGAUAACUAUAAGAAAGCGCAUAUGGUAUGA